AUGGCUGAUGGAAGGCUUCCCAACGGCCAGCUGCCUCACGGUACGCCGGAAGGCGGCUGGAAAGCAGUGAGGACCUGGAGAACACCAGAUUGGGUAGAACCAAUUCUGAUCGUUUCUAUCAUGGUUACCGCCUUGUGGUUUACUCGCCGAAAGAACUUCUCGAUCCUCCGCCGCAACGGUGCCAGCUACGAGCCACUGUUUGACGGAGCGGACUCGCCCCGAAUCUCUGACGACUCUUUCGGCAGCCCUAUUCGAACAGAACCCCAUCCUCCCAAGUAUCGCACCAUCUUCGGGUGCAUUCGUGUCAAGACCCCGAACUCGAGCCGUUUCGCGAAAUAUGUCCACUCUCGCAUCCUGCAAAAGUUCCCCUUCCUCGUCGAAAUGUUCUACUGGGCCAUCUCCUUCUUCUUCUACCGUAUGACCGGAAGCUUGGCCCAGAGCUACUACGGCGGCAGAAAGUCUUUGUGGGAGGUUGCUCAGGGACACGGCCUGUUCUUGCUCGAGACCGAGGCAAAAUUUUUUGGUCAGGGGACCAUCACCGGCCCGGAGCGCUGGGUGGAGUGGCGCGUAUCACACUGGUUCUUGGAGGGUGCCCAGGUUGGAGACUUCCGCGGCAUCUGGCUGACAAUCCUGAACCGCGGCUACUCCCUGAUUCACAUUCCCGGCACCGUGGGCUUCAUUGGGUACUAUUACGCCAUGGCGCCCACUCACGCCCGGUUCUGCACUGUUCGCCGCACCAUGACCCUGUUGAACAUGUUUGCCUUCAUCAUCUUCAUCUUCUAUCCCACGGCGCCCCCGCGUCUGAUGCCUUCUGAGUAUGGCUUUGUGGAUACCGUGAACCUGGAGAACGCCGAGAGUGUCUGGAUGAGUGGAAAGUUCGUAAACAAGCUGGCCGCGAUGCCUAGCAUGCACUUCGGAUAUGCUUUCGCCAUUGGAUGCGUUUUUAUUGCUGACUCGGCCAUCCUUAACCUGCUUUUCGGCCGCCUGCGCAACUACCUCUUGAAAGACGACUUGGACAAGUCUCUGGACAUCGACGAUGUGGAGCUGAAGGAGGUUCAGGAGAACCGCAAACGCUGGAAGAGCUGGUUCAUGUUCGCUUUCGGUGUCUGGUAUCCCAGCUGGAUCCUCCUUACCAUUGUCGGAACGGCCAACCACUACCUCCUGGACGCUGUUGUUGCUACUUUUUGCGCGCUGAUGGCUUACCUCUGCAACCGUGCCUUGCUAGUAUUCCUCCCGGCCGAGGACAUGCUGCUUUGGGCUUGGAGACUUGAGAAGCCCGUUCCCACGACAGGUCGCAUGAAGAACAUUACCGUGCGGUAA